AUGGUCAAGACAUAUAUUCUCGCGCCCGACUACUCGACGGCGCCCCCGCCGGACGGCCCCGUCCAGCUUGGUGACCUGCUCACUGAUCUUUCGGAACUCGUGCCGCUGAACGACAAGGACCGAGUGCCGGUCCCCCCGGCCUUCCCGCCUGACUACAAGUACGACUUCAAGGCGACACGGUCGACCCUGCUCAGCGGCAACCUGGGCGUCUGGGCGCAGACCGCAGCCAUCUUCGGCAUCGGCGUCGGCGCCGGCUGGGCCUAUGAAGCCGCUGACACUGACGUCAUCUCGUUCCAGGUCGUCGAGACGCGCUGCUUCAACCCGACAGCCGACUACGUACGCCUCGUCAUGGCCGCGGGUCCCGUGCGUUCGUAUAUGGCAUCGGCGGGGGGCUCGGCGGCUGUUUACAUGAUCACGGGCCUGAAGAUCGGCCAUGGCGCGGCGGUGGAGACAUCGUACAGCCGCGAGAAAGGCAUCAAGCUGAAGCUGGGGUUCACCCACCCGGGCGUGCCCGUCGAAGGCGGGCCUGAAGGCGGCGUACGGAGCAAGAGGGUCGAGGGCAUGUCGUUCGAGGGUUCGACGGACUUUGUGAUUGCGUUCCGCGUGCGCAAGAUCACGUACAAGAAGGGGGUUCUGCAUGCCAUGGUGCAUAACAAGGGGGCGACGUUGCUGGAUGGGACAGAGGGUGAGGCGAAGAGGAAGGAACCCGAGCUGGAAUUCGAGGAAGAGGCUGGGUUGGAGGAUGCGCAGCUGGACUCGGAGAUGGACUUAAAGGCGGUUGAAGGGGACGAGAAUGAUGACAAGGACGAGUCGCUCUGGAUUGUUCCCGAGGUUGCCCAGCUCAACGGUUGA